AUGGCGUCCUCGGCCUCGUCGACGCGCGCCGCGUCUCCCAACGGCCACGCCCACACGCCACCCCCGCCACCCCCGACCACGCUGAAGCAGGAGAACGCCGCCUUGGCCGCCGGCAUCCCCAGCAGCCUCUCCCCGACCGAGACCUACAGCCUGCUCGCCCUGGCCGUCGCCUGUGCCACCGUCCUCGGAAACACCGUGCGCCGCGAGGACGGCGCGCCCUUGACCGCGUCGCUCGCCCUCAGCGGCAUCGCCUUUGCCGCGAGCUACGCCAUGAUCCGCUGGCUGGGCCCGUCGUUUGUGCGCGCGGGCAUCAAGGGCGCCGACCUCGGCAAGGCGAACCGCCGCACGCUGCCCGAGUGCAUGGGCGCCGUGUGCGCCGUCGUGUACCUGCUGGCCAUCAUCGUCUUCAUCCCCAUGCCCUUCUACAAGGACAUCGUGGCCGCCACGAGCGGCGGCGGCAACCGCGACGUCGUCCUGCCCGACGUCCCCGCCGCCCACGUCGAGCAGGGCCGCCUGCUGCACCGCUUCCCGCACUCCAAGCUGGCCUCGUUUCUGUCCGCCAUCAUCUCGCUGCAGUCCAUCACGCUGCUCGGCAUCGGCGACGACCUGUUUGACAUCCGCUGGCGCCACAAGUUUUUGAUCCCCGGCUUUGCCGCCAUCCCGCUGCUCGUCGUCUACUUUGUCGACUUUGGCGUCACGUCCGUCGUCGUGCCCACGCCCCUGCAGCCGUACCUCGGCGAGCUCGUCCGCCUCGGCCCGCUCUACUACCUCUACAUGGCCGCCGUCGCCAUCUUCUCGCCCAACAGCAUCAACAUCCUCGCCGGCAUCAACGGCAUCGAGGUCGCCCAGUCCGUCGUCGUCGCCGCCCUCCUCGUCUUCAACGACGCCCUCUACCUGCUCGCCGGGCCCUACCCCCACCCGGCCACCGACAGCCACCUGUUCUCCCUCUACUUUCUGCUGCCCUUCUUGGGCGUGUCGCUGGCCCUGCUCGCCCACAACUGGUACCCCGCCCGCGUCUUUGUCGGCGACACCUACUGCUACUUCGCCGGCAUGGUCUUUGUCGUCGUCAGCAUCCUCGGCCACUUCUCCAAGACCCUCGUGCUCCUCCUGCUGCCCCAGAUUGCCAACUUUGCCUACUCCGCUCCGCAAAUCUUCGGCCUCGUCCCCUGCCCCCGCCACCGCAUGCCGCGCUUCCACGCCCGCACGGGCCUGCUCGAGCCCUCCGUCACCGUCUGGCGCCCCGACCGCCAGCCCAGCGCCCCCGUGGCCUGGGCCCUGCGCCUGCUGGCACGCCUGCGCCUGCUGCGCCUGACCGCCGACCCCGCGGACCCGGCCGUGAUCCAGGAGACGUCCAACAUGACGCUCCUCAACCUCUGGCUGGUGUGGCGGGGCCCGCUGCGGGAGGACCGGCUGGCCCUGGAGGUGGUGGUCAUGCAGGCCUGCGUCGGCCUGUUUGGCCUGUUUGUGCGCCACCGGCUGGCCCUGUUGAUCUUUAAGGAGGACAACCUGGGUGCUGUGCGGUAUUAA